AUGGAGGAUUUGGAUAAAACCUCAUCCCCCGCAUCGGGGCUGCCUCUCGCAUUCCACGGCACAGCAAUCCACUCCCGCAGCCUGAACGAGCUCGAAAUUCUUGAAAAUUGCUUCAUACUAGUGGAUAAAUCGGGCAAGAUUCAAGCCUUGCAAAAAGACGUGGACCCAAAUCAAAUCAGCGCCAUCAUCUCAGAUCACGGAUAUGCGCCCGAUGUGUUCCCAGUCAAGUACCUUCGUCGGGGCGAAUUCUUGUGUCCGGGUUUUGUCGAUACGCACAAUCAUGCCCCUCAGUGGACACAGCGCGGCAUGGGCCGCGGCAUAUCACUCAUUGACUGGUUGAACAAUGUCACUUUUGCUCACGAAGCCAAGUUUGCCGAUGCCGAGUACGCCAAACGCACGUAUGCUUCGUGUGUCGAUGGCUUCCUCCAGCAGGGCAUCACAACUGCGUCUUACUAUGGAUCCUACCAUGGCGAAGCAAGCCGUAUCUUGGCCGAUGUCUGCUACGAGAAAGGUCAGCGAGCUUUGGUUGGCAAGUGCAAUAUGAACCGAAACGCUCCAGACUGGUAUCGCGAUCCCUCCGUCUCUGAUUCGUUACAGGAGACGCGAGAGUUAAUCAAGCACGUCCAAGACCUUGAUCCAGAAGGUCAAUUAGUGAAGCCCGUAAUCACCCCGCGAUUCGCAAUUUCUUGUGAAUCCGAACUUCUUUCGGGUCUAGGAUCUAUCGUUCAAGAACAUCCCGAUCUGCCGAUUCAAACCCAUUUCAACGAGGAAAAAGAGGAGAUCAAUUUCACACGAGAGCUAUUCCCCGAUUUCCACCUGGAAGCCGAUCUAUACCGGCAUUUCGGCCUUCUGAACGAGCGAUCUAUCCUAGCGCACUGCAUUUAUCUGGAAGAAAAGGAAAUGGAUAUGCUCCAGGAGCUCCGCUGCGGCGUCGCACACUGCCCGAUUUCGAAUACCACCAUGCGCGACUUUAUGAUUGCACCCAUUCGCGAGUACCUACGCCGAGGCAUUAAAGUCGGUCUGGGAACGGAUAGUGGCGGUGGAUUUUCCUCAUCCAUGUUAGAUGCGAUGAAGCAAGCUUUCAUAGUUUCACUCGCCCAGAAGACGCACACCAACGGACGGGACGAACCAUUGUCUCUGGCGGAGGGGUUCUAUCUUGCGACCAUGGGCGGAGCUCAAGUCUGUGGCUUGGAGGAUAAGAUCGGUAGCUUUGCGGUGGGUAAGGAAUUCGAUGCGUUGGAGGUUCAUACCAUCGAUUUGGAUCGGCGAGGGGUGAUGUCCCCCGUGGAAGAGGAGGAUUCGACUUUUGUCAUCUUUGAGAAAUUCCUCAUGACGGGUGAUGAUCGAAAUAUUGCCAAGGUCUAUGUGAAAGGGCGUUCGGUGAAGGUGUGA